UUAUCGUAGAUAAAAAAAAACGCUUCUAUCAAUUUAUAGAUUAUUGUAUCCCGUUAAAAAAAAAAUCAAGAAAAUUUUAAAAAAAAUUAAUAUAAAAAUAAUCUUUAAUUUAUUAUUUAUUUAAAUAUAUAAAUUAAAAAUUUUAUUUAUUAAUUUAAUUACGAAAAUUACGACGGCUACUGUGUAAAAAAAUAAAGAAAUUAAUUAGAAAAAAUUAUACAAAAUUUUUCCAUAAAAAAUUAACAAACAAAUAAAUUUAAAAAAUAAUAAAUAAAUAAAGAACAAAAAUAUUAUAGAACUUUCCUAAAAAAAAAACAAUAAAUACCAAAAAUAAUUAAUAAAUUUUCUACUGCCCUGAACCUAAGUCAAAUGAGUUUUAAGCGAAUGAGAUAGCAUUAUUGUGAAGGGGAUACGAAAAUUUAUCAAAUAGCCUAAAUGUAAAGUUUAUAUGCAAAAAAAAAUUUUUAAAGAUCAAAGAAACACGUGAAAUUUGAAAUAAAUGAAUGCAAUAUGCAACAACAUAAGCAUCAGCACCAUUAUCAACAAAAACAACAACAAUAUCAAAUAAAUAAUAUUAGUAAAAUAACUGUAAUAUUAUUAUCAAGAGUAUUUGCUACAUUUGUUCUAUUAGUUACUAUUUUAAUUAAUAUAUCCUGUGUUCAGUGCACAGAUGAAGAUACAACAUCAAAUUUAGAAGCCAAGGUCGGAUCAUAUGUCGUUUUCAAUUGUCAAAUAGAUUUUCCCUAUGAAUAUGACAUACCAUAUGCGGUUUAUUGGAGCAAAGAUGAUAAACAAAUUUUUUCAAAAUAUUUUGGGACAAUAUCUGUUAGUGAACGCUAUGCCGGCCGAUUAAGUUUAGUUGAAAAUCAUGAAGAUUACGGAAAAGCCUCAUUAAAUUUAACAGCUAUUCGUGAAUCAGAUCAAGGAUGGUAUCAUUGCCAAAUAAAUUUUCCGAAUAGAACACCAAGUUUUCGUAAUAAUGGAACAUGGCAUCAUUUAACAGUUGAAGGUGGCUCAUUAAUCAAAAUCCCUCCAAUUAAUAUGACAUUAAUGGAAGGACAAACAGCAAUUUUUCAUUGCUUUAUGAAACAUCCGGAAAUAUCAACAGUAACUUGGCUAAAAGAUAAUGAUCCAAUUAGAGAGAAUGCUGAUUUAUGGCGUAGAGCAAAAAUUGAUCCAGAUGGAAGUUUAAGUAUUGAUCCAACAAUGAUGAGUGAUUUAGGUGAAUAUGAAUGUCAAGUACAAAAUGACCAAACUGCAGAAGUACAAACAGCAAAAGCUUUCUUAAAUAUUCAAUAUAGAGCAAAAGUAAUUUAUUCGUCACCUGAAGUAUAUUUACCAUAUGGUCAACCAGCAAUGUUAGAUUGCCAUUAUAGAGCUAAUCCACCAUUGAAAAAUAUGCACUGGGAAAAAGAUGGUCUUUUAUUUGACUCAUACAAUGUACCAGGCGUAUACAAAAAGAACAACGGAAGUUUAUACUUUACGAAAGUUGAUGAAAGCUUUUCGGGUGCUUACACUUGUACACCAUAUAAUGAAUUGGGAACUGAUGGACCUUCACCAGUAAUAAAUGUUGUUGUACAAAGACCGCCAGUUUUUACAACAUUACCAAAAGGAAUGUAUAUACAUAAAUUGGGUGAUGAUGCUCAAUUAUCUUGUGAUGCCAUUGACAGAGAUGAUCAUCGUAGGCCGGUUAUAGUUUGGAUAAAAGAAGACAAUACACCACUACCAGAAGGUCGAUAUAAAUUGGAAGGUGGAAAUUUAACAAUUACUAAUAUCACAGAAUCAGAUCGUGGUAUCUAUCAAUGUUCAGCAACAAAUGAUGCAGCAACAAUUACAGCAAAAACCGAAUUGAUAAUAGAAAAUGUUGCUCCAAGGCCACCAUACAAUUUAUCUGCAAAUAGUACAGAAACUGAAAUUUCAAUUGCAUGGCAACCAGGUCAAAUAAGACCAAAUUUAGAAUAUACGGUUAUGUAUAGAUUAUCAGAAGCUCCAGAAUGGCGUAUAGCACGAGUUGGUAGUAAACUUCAAGCAACAAUUAAAAAUUUACGUCCUGGACGUGAAUAUGAAUUUAUGGUAUUAAGUCAAGAUCCAUCCGGAGAUGGUAUGUUCAGUAGAAUGUUCCGGCAUGCAACAAAACCUAAGGUGAAUGAUUACAUCGAACCAGAACUAUUUCAAGCACCAGCUAUGUCAACAACAAUGCCAACAGAAUCAACAAUUUCACCAACAUUUCCAUCAUUCAAUUUUGGACCACCACAAAAUUUAACAGUUAAGGCAAGAUCAAGAGGCUUUAUAUUAUUAUGGGAGCCACCAAAUAAUGGAUUGGAUCAAUUAAGAUUAUAUAGUAUUAAAACAUGGCUUGAACCAGAACAUAAACUUUUUGCCCAUGAUAAUACAUAUGAUACACAUUUUUUAUUAGCAAAUUUAAUGGACGGUGGAACAUAUACUGUUCAAGUAUUUAGUAUAUCACAAGAUAAUGAAGAAAUUGGUAGUAAUAUUGUUACAAUAGAAGUACCAAAUACAAGACGAAAAAAAGCUGUUCUAAUUGGUUCUGCCGUAUCCAUAAUUUUUCUUAUUACUGCCUUUAGUGUGGGUCUUUACAUAAAAAGAAUUUGUAUAAAAAAAGUUAAAUCAAAUGGUGAAAAAAUUUGAAAAUUAAAUUUUUAGGUAGUGCUGGAUGCUUUAUUUUUUAAUAAUUAUUAUUAUUUUAACAUUAAUAUUUAAUUAUAAAUAUAUGUAAUAAUCCAAAAAUAGAAUUUAAAAAAACAAAUGAAUAAAUUUAUUAAUUUUAAAUAUUAGAAUCUUUUAUAAAAUAAUUUGUUAAAAUUUAAUUUACAAAACAAAG